AAUAAAGACAAACGGCAAAUCAAAUGGCGUGAAAACUGCGACACAUCAAAGUGGCAGAAUGAUCCAUGGGAGGUCGCCAAGUUCUUUAUGUCUGCUCUUGGAGACAACAAAAUAACCGUUAAACACGCCGAAUCCACUGAUUUAUCGUCUCUUCUGAACGUCCUUGCAUGGUUGAAAGAUGCCGUCUUUGCCCCAGAUAGACGUGUGGAUCUUAACCUCGUUAAACAACUCCGUUCACAGGUUAGAAACCCUUGGGCUCAUGCACCUGAUCAAAAAUUACCCGUAGAAGUUCUUAACGAUGCUUUUGAUAUCGCCAAUAAGUUUGUAGCUGAUCUGAACAUAGUUUCCAGCUGCGACGAGGUAAAGAAGUGUGCAACAUAUAUCAAAGUUCUUCAAACUAAUGGAAUAAGCAAUGUUACGGAAACCGAGUUAAAAAUUCUGAAUUUACUCCGUAUUGAGUUAGGUGGAGAUGUCAGCCAAAUGAAAGAAGAAUUAAAACGUUUAAAAGAUGAUCAAAGUUCCGACAGACAGGUUAUCAAGAAACAAGAAGAAAUGUUGGAAAAUUUGGAGGAAGACCUUAAGUCAUUACAAAAUAUCGUCAAUGUUCAAGGAAAUGAUCAACAAUUUCGACUACAGAGCUGCAUUCCUGGAAAAAACCUAAAUUUGACUGGUCGUGACACUGAAAUAAAGCAAAUAAUAUCUUCUAUCGUAGAGAAUGGUGUUGGAAUUGUCUCAAUUGUUGGUGGACCUGGUUUUGGCAAGAGUACCAUAGCAGUUGAAGUUUCUCAUCACUUAAGCAAUGACCAUGACAUCGUCGUCAUUUUCUCGUUCCUGUCACAUGCUUUAACUCUUUCUGAAGUAAGACUACGUUUGUGUCAUGACGUUGGUGUUAACCCUGGAGAGGAUCCAGAAUCAUCUUUGAUGUUCUGGUUGAGAAGUAUUCAGAAGAAAGUUGUUAUUGUCAUGGACAAUAUCGAACAGCUGCUUGAAAGCGAUGGAAAAUCUCAGUUUGUUGAAUUAGUGCUUACGCUCCGUAAAAAUUCACAGCAACAUCUGCAGAUCCUAACAACGACAAGAACGGAAUUCAUCAUUUCCGGCCAAACGACAGUAAACCAUAAAAUAUUGGAGUUGGAUGAAAUAUCUAGUGUUGAACUUUUGAGAAAGUGUUGCCCUGAUGCAGAAGUUGAAAAUGCUUACUUGUCUGAAUUGGCUGAGCUGUGCGGUUUCGUUCCACUCGCCUUGUGUAUCGCAGGAACAAUAAUUCCUGAUCUUGAUGAUCCUUCAGAGUUGAUACAGUGGUUAAGAGAGAAGCCUAUGGAAGCAUUGAGGAACUCCGACCAGUGUGUUGAACAAGCCAUCGAGUUCUCUUUUCAGAAAUUGAUCGAUGAAGACAAAAAAGCGUUGGUUUGUCUUUCUGUAUUCGUAGGGGACUUUCAACGAAGCUCUGCACAAGAGGUGAUUGAAAGAAGUGGGUUGGGAACCCAAAAUUUCUUAAAAAGUCUGGUGAAGCGAAGUUUGGGAGUCACUGAAAAAGGACAUCCACAAUGUCGAGGAAACGUUAAAAAUCUGCAGCCAAGAUCAGGCAAUCAACCAGAAGACAAGCAUUCUGGAGUUCGUGACAAUCCCAUCGAGAAAGCAGCCGAGGCACGAAUUCUGAUGAAGCGUGGAAAUUUGAGCAAAGUACGUGCAAAUUUAUCAUUCCACGAAGACAAAGAAAAGUACAUUGAAUACAUGAACCAUGCUGAAUUUUUCUACAACGAAGCCUUGUCGUUGGCCAAUAACAUGUUGGGUGAUCACGAUUUAACAUGUGUUAUCCAUAAACUUUUAGGAGACUUAUUUCUUAAUCAGCGUAAGAACGAAGAGGCAAUGACAUAUUAUUCUAAAGCCAUAGACAUGCGCAAGAAACUAAAGCUUGAUUAUCACGAGCCGUUUGUGUUCUUGCUCAAGAAUUAUGGGGCUUGCCUCUCUUUUCUCUCUCGUUUUGACGAAUCGGUGGAAAAGUUAAAGGAAGCACGGGGCAUAGUUGAUAAACUCACUGAGAAGAACACUCGUUGUAAAGCCUUGGUUUAUUAUGAGUUAGCAAGAGCAUGUCGUGAGUGGAAAGCUGAUUGUCAAGAAGCCGAGACAUAUGCUAAAGCAGCAUUGGAAAUGCAAGAAUUGUUGGAUCCCCGCGACGUAGUAACAUUGAAAGAGAUCAUUAAGGUGGCAGAAGAAAACGUGGCACAAUAUUAG